AUGACACAAACGGGUUCUUCACUGCUCGACUUCCUACAUGCUCAACGAUUUCGAAAUCUGUUACUAGAAGCGCAUAAUGGUUCAUCGAUUGCCUCGAAUCAAGUGCGCGACGUUGUUCGUCUCUUAUCGGCUUUCUUUCUGGAUCUCCCGCUUUUCUUGCCCGAAUCCGGUGAAGCGUUGCCCACGCUUUUUGUUUGGUGCGAAUUGAAAAGAGACGAUCUCGGGAUUCUAGCAAAAUCGGUGCUGGAAUUGGAUGUGGCUCUACCCCCAUCCACUCAUUUGAUCGAUCGCUUCUCGAUCUCACAAAGUCUCUCUCAUGAAUUCGGCCCGAAAUCCCCGAUCAUCAUCUUUGUACAUCUUGGAUUACCAUUAGAGGCAAUCCUUUACGCCGAUCACUUCUCCGAUGUACGAUCCGGGUUAAUCUUGAGGAUUUUUGCUGAUUCAUCUUUUGGCUUUUCCCUCACCACCGAUCACAUCUAUUAUUUGUUGCAUGAAGGGAUCCCGGAAGAGGUUGAUCGGCUUCUGGAAAAAGCGUCAAGUUUGACAAAUGAUGAGAUUGAGAAAUUUUGUAAAACGAUAGCAAAAUCGGUGCUGGAAUUGGAUGUCGUUCUCGGCACUUCACGAACCACAGCCUUUGAGCUGUUUCUUCUCGGGAAAAUUGAGUUCCUUUUUGCUCGUCUAUCUGUUCACAGCAAGAAUUUGUUUGCAAAAACGCUUCCACGACCUCCUGUUUAUUUGUUACCAAAUGUGCCUAUUGGAUCGCCGAAAAAAGGAGAAAAUGAAGAAAUCUCUGCACAUUGGCAUCUCUACAUUUACCUAAAUAUUUUAUUGGAAUGUCUUCAUGCGGCAAAUCGUUUACAGUAUGAAAUGGAACAAGUGAGGGCGAUCCUUGCACAAUAUGAUACGCAAUUUCAGCCGCACAUUCUCUCGUCUCGUGGCGCGAUGAGAGUCAUUUCUUCAUCAUCCCAAAUCCCUCCCCGCUUAUUGCGGGCCCUCCUGCUAUCUCUUCGUUUCACCUAUCGAGAUCUUUUCAGUCAAGCGUUGGCCAUGAAUUGGGCCGAUUCGCAAAUGGUUGCGAAGAAAUACAAAACUCUUCUGCAAGAAGAAAAAGAAAACUCGGAAGAGACGAUCAUUCAAAGUUUCUUUUCUGUAGCCGACGAGGCAGAUCUCGAACAUAUUACCACGUUUUUGCGCUUUGUUGAGGAGAAAUUUUCCCCGAAAACAACCCUCCCAUCUUAUUGUUUGGCAACGAGAGAGAUCUGGCUAGAGCAUCUCUUCGAAGAGAAGAAAGAGGGACCGAUUCGGGGAGAAGAUGAGGGUGAAUGGCUACGAGGACAUAUCAGAAUUGAACACAAGGUUCCCCAGCCGAUCAUUUCAACAAUGUCCUACUUAUCAACCACAUGGACAUCACUGCCAAAAACGGAUCGUUCUCUUAUAGCGAUCACUCUACAAAUUCACCCAAAAGAUCUCUGUGUCGCAAAGCAAAUGAGUCCAAGGAGCCGUUCAAAUGUGCCUAUUGUCCGAGGAAGUCUUUCCUUUGAUCAACCAUUUGCAUUGGCUGCAAUGGGACCAUCAACAUCAACCUAUUUUGAGAGGCCGAUCGCUGGAAAGGAUUUGAUAUCAGAAUACGCUGCGAAGGGAUCAAGAUUGCUGGGAAAAGGCUAUUUGCCUCGAUCUGGCCCCAAUGCUACACAGAUUGCAGCGAGAAAGCGGCUUGAUGAACGAAUGAGGAGAAUGGCUGAGACACAACGAGAGUUAGAAAGAGAAGUUGAUUCGGAAACCUCAUUCCUUUCUCAACUUGGUUCGAUCACCGAACGGCCUAGAGCUAUUGAAAAAUCUCCAUUGAGUGAUGGGGAUUUACGAGGAGAAAAUUCGAUUAAAUUGGAGGAAGCUGGGAAAAUGAUACAGACGGAUCUCCAAAUUCUCAGCAAACGACUCGAGAAUUUCACAAAACUUUUUUGUCAACGAAAGAAACGAUCAUCGAUUGAUAGUGCAAAUACGAGUAUCACAGAAUCGACGAAAGAGGAAGAAAAUGAAUCCGAUUUGGAAAAGGGAGAAACCUUCAUUUAUCCAUCAAUCAGUAAUCGCAAUAAGCUUGAGGUUGAAGAUGAAGAGGAAACUUUUCAAAAAGAAGAAAUUGAUCAGGUUAUCUCGAAUCUUCCACCAAUCGAGCGAUUAGAUUUCUCUAAACUUUCCCCACCACCAACCGUUGGACGACGAGUUUUUUCAACGAAAAUUACACAAAAAGAUAAAGAUAAAGAUGAAGAUGAAAAGGAUAUUGAAGAAAUCCCCGUGUACACGCCUGUUGAUCAUUUUACAGUCAAAGGAAGUCUAUCAGAGAGAUCUGCUAGAAGACAACGAAAAUUGGGUCGAAUCGAAGCUGCUGAUCGGAUAUUGGAUGGGAAAUGGAAAGAAUCGAAAAAGAAAGAAAUAAAGAAAGUGGAGAAUUGGAUGAGAUUGUUGCCACUUGGAGGAACGACAUCCGAGAGGGGAUUACCGUUGUUGAGAGUCGAGAAUGCAUUGCUUUACGAUAACAAGGCAAAAACUUCGCGUGGAGUGCAAACACGAGAAAAUGAGGCGACAAAGUUUACUGUUGAGGCAAAGAUUUGCAGCCGACCGGAUAGUGGAAUUGACGGAUCUCCCUCAAAUCUUCCAUCGAUUCCUUUUGUGCGAGCGAUGAGCAAAGAAGAUGUGGCUGAAUUAAUUGCGAGCAAAAAGAAAAGCGAUGAGUCAAUUAUAUACGCCAGUGUGCCACUUUCCCAUCAGCCAUCUCGGACACUCGUUGAAGCGGCGUCUCCACUCGAUUCAACUCAACGAUCAAAGUUAGAAGAUUCUCCAAUGCAUUUCCCUCAAGAAAUGAAUAAAUCGCCGUCUAAUCCACUCAGACCAAGAGAACUCUGGAAAACGGAAAAAGAGCAACUAAUCAAAGAAGAGGGCCUGAAAUGCAAAAAGAGCGAUUAUCCGACUGUCGACGAUAUUAUGAGUGAUUGGUCGUCGGAGCGCGAAAAUAAAAAGUCUCGAAAUAAAGCACUGCCAGUUCAAAAUGCAGAAAACGCAAACAACCGCUCAACG